AUGGUGCAAGUCAUCGUUGCCGGUGGGAAGACGGGGGGACAGCACCGCCGGAGGAUCGCCAAGGAAGAGGAGCCCGAAGAGGCAGCGGACGUGCAGCUGCCGAGAGUCCUCCGCGUCUCGUGCGAGGAUCGGGACGCCACCGACUCAUCCAGCGACGACUCGCCGCGUCAGGGACGCCGCUUCGUCGAGGAGAUACACCUCGAGCAGCCGCCGAGGAUGAUGGCCUCGCCGCAGCCGGAUGGUUCCCCUUUCCGGAGAGGGCCCGUCCACGGCGCCAAGAGGAGGGCCGACACGGCGGCGGAGGAGCCCAAAUUCCGCGGGGUGCGUCGGCGGCCGUGGGGCAAGUACGCGGCGGAGAUCCGCGAUCCUAACAAAGGAGUGCGGGUCUGGCUCGGCACCUUUGACACCGCUGAAGAGGCCGCCAUGGUCUAUGAUAGUGCCGCCCUUCGGCUUCGUGGUCCAUCGGCGACCACAAAUUUUCCUACUUCAUCGUCCCCUUCUGCCACCGAUCCUGAUCCCGCUGUCUUGCCCGACGCCGAUGUCGGUGAUGUCGGCCAUCUCCUUGUGGCAGCCACUUACGAGGAGUCCAGUGAUGAGUCGCAGUUUCUUGGCUCGCCAGUCUCUGUCCUCAGGCCGCUCGAGGUUGCGGCAUCAUCCACUCUCAAUGCUGUCAAGCCUGACGACACCAUUGUUACCCCGAGUUUGAAGAUUCCGAUGGACACAUGCCGCAGAGGCGGCGACUACUCUCCGUUUUGCAGCGCCAAUGUCAUUUUGCCACCAGAGGACGAGGACUGCAUGUUCCCAGGUAUCUCAUUUGCUACACCGCUGAUUUUUGAUGAUGAUGCAUUGAUGUCAUCACAUCUUGAGGGCUAUGCGUCUACCAUCGAGCCGGUGAGUUUAUUGGACGUUGGAGAGCUUCCAAUGUGGCGAGAGGUUGAUGUGUUUUUUGAAGAUGUUUUUUCUGCCUCAUCACUUAAAGAGCUAUGA